UUAGCAGCUGUAUUUCCUGCUUUGCUGCUGUUACCACUCGAAGCAAUGGCAGAAGUGAAAGCUUCCCUAAUUUGUGGCGUUAUCGCCGCGUUUCUGGCUUCAGCGGUGUUUGCAUUUGUUGAAGAUCUAGAUGACACAUUUAAAGACACCAGAGUGAGCGAUGUCUGGCUGGUUGAUUUCUAUGCGCCAUGGUGCGGCUACUGUAAAAAGCUGGAGCCGGUGUGGUAUGAUGUGGGAGCAGAGCUGAAGAGCUCCGGAUCGCCGGUCCGCGUGGGAAAGAUGGAUGCUACGGCUUACUCUGGAAUGGCGUCAGAGUUCGGUGUUCGAGGUUACCCCACGAUAAAACUGUUAAAGGGGGAUCUCGCCUAUAAUUACAAGGGGCCAAGGACAAAAGACGAUAUUGUAGAGUUUGCCAACAGAGUGGCAGGCCCGGCCGUCAGGGCACUUCCCAGCAAGCAGAUGUUCGAGCACAUGAUGAAACGACAUGAUGUGCUCUUUGUGUAUGUCGGUGGAGACUCUCCCCUCAAAGAGAAGUACAACGACGUUGCCUCCGAGCUCAUUGUCUACACUUAUUUCUUCUCGGCUUCAGAGGAAGUGUUCCCGGAGUCAGUCACUUUGCCAGAGCUUCCUGCGGUUGUAGUAUUCAAGGAUGGAGCCUACUUUACCUACGAUGAGUACGAGGACGCUAGUUUGUCGUCCUGGGUUAACAAGGAGCGCUUCCAAGGAUACCUUCCGAUCGACGGCUUCACAUUGUAUGAGCUCGGGGAAACAGGCAAAUUGGUGGCGAUAGCAGUCAUCGAUGAGAAGGACCCCGCAGAGGAUAGCGGCAGAUUAAAGACCUUGAUUCAGAGGGUGUCGAAGGAAUACAGAGAACAUUUUAACAGAGACUUCCAGUUUGGCCACAUGGAUGGGAACGACUACAUUAACAGCCUCAUUAUGGGCGAGGUGACGGUGCCCUCCGUUAUCAUCCUCAACACAUCCAACGAGCAGUACUUCCUGCCCAGCGAGCCCAUCGAGACCAUGGAACAGCUGGUCCAAUUCAUCAACGGCGUUUUGAACGGCUCUGCACAGGCGCAAGGAGGUGACGGCUUCAUUCAGAGGAUCAAACGCGUGGCUUUCGAUGCCAGAUCCACCAUUAUGUCAGUGUUCCGCAGCUCUCCGAUGCUGGGCUGCUUCCUGUUUGGCUUACCACUGGGUGUAAUUAGCCUGAUGUGCUACGGCAUCUGCACAGCCGAGUCGGAUGAUGGUUCAGAUGACAUGGAUGCGCUCAAGAGGGAGGGCCUGACUGACGAAGAGGAGGAAGAGGAAGAGGAGGAGGAGGAGAGGCAACGCGCCGCUGAGCUUGAGGGCCCCGAAGAGGAAGACAACGAGGAUGACGUUGCAGGGGAGAAGGAUCCCGAAGAGAAGAAAACCGAUUAACACAGGGGCUCCCACCGGAGAGAGGAUGAGAGGCCUAGGCAAAUGCGGUGACAUGAAACUCAAAGACAUAUCGAUGUAUUACUGUUCUGCUUCUUUGUCUUUCAUAUCACUUCCCCUCGAAGCCCCUCUAACACAGGCUGUUCUCCCAUCUUCCAGUUCUGUGUUUAAGGCCAGCUGCUGAGAGAUGCCAUGUUUCAAUAUAAAAGCCUUUUUAAUGAUGGAGUUUAAAACAUAAUGUUCAAGAAAAGGAAUGACUGUGAAACAAACAAACCACUUAUUUAUUACGAUCGACCAAACAGUGGUUUAUUCUGUGAUGUUUGACCCUUUCCCAUGUUGUUUUGUUACCACUUAAAUGCCCCUAUUAUGUCCUUUUUUCCCGGGCUGUUAAGUUUUUUCCUUCAGAAUCCAGUUCUUGAAUACAUCUUGAAACUGAAUACUGAGAAUUUUGUUUGCUUCCUACCUUCUACCCAAAGUGAUAGAUUAAAGUGUGUAGAAAAAGAAGAAAGUGACCAAGAAGGAAAAUCUGCCAUAAAUCAAUUGUGCUUUUUUCUUUUGUAUGUUGCGCCCUGAAAAAUAAUUAUUCUGCUUCUUCUGCUUCUAGGGUUGCUAAGUGCCGAGAUAGUCGUACAAUUCACUUUAUUUCUCAUGCCAACUACCUGUUACGGUCCCAUUUUUGAAAAUGAUUGAUAAAACAAUAUAGAGUGGUAACGGGUAUCAGUCUAUCUUAUACUAGAAUUUGGCAUAUGAAAAAAAUGCCAACAUGAAAACUGCUUAGAAUUCCAUGCAUAGGUCUGUACCUGUACAGCAGACAGUCAUAACAUGCAUCAGUAGUUCCUGCAGCUUUUAACAACUCAUAUUGCUCAGAGAUUGGCUCUCUGUUUCCUUAUUUCAAUCUGUCCUCCAUCACUGGCUGCUAUAUUGAAUUCAGUAGGCAGGUUGAAGUUUAAAUCCUCAUGCACUGAGAUGUACACUGAGCGUACAAAAAUAUUAAGCCUGUCUUCCUUCUUAGUUUCAUUGCUUUUUGUCAGUCAUAACCCAAUAUUGUUAGUUUACUCAAGGCUUAGAAAUCAAUCUCAGUCUUAUUUUAGUUCCCUCAUGACUGAAGGGUCAGGACUUGAAUCAAAAAGAAGUUAUAGCUUGCUCUUGGAUUGUAGUAGAAAGCUUGUUUCAUGAACAGAGCACCCAGUGAAAGAUGCACAGUUGAGUGCAUCUUGUUGGAUUUUGGGGCCUCUCUUGGGGCAUCGGAAAGCACCUGAGAACACCUUUUAUUAUUGUGAACGUUCGGGCUCACACCUGGGUUCCCAAUGAUGGAAGGACCACUGGUACUUUUGAAACAAAAUAUAUUUAUUUCCGCACAGCCCGUUAACAGCGUUCUUGCUGGCUAGUCGCUCUCGUCCGGCGUGGGAGGUGGAGACAGUUCUCCCUCAGGACCCAGUCUACUGCCCCCGAACCAGGUUACGACCAUGACUUUAAUCAGUGCCUGAUUACCUGAUCCCGAUCAGCUGUCUGGCUUCCGGCUGAGCCACUCCUACCACUCCAGCAGCCGGCGCCCUAACCACACCCCGCUGCCACAAUAUAUUUAGUAUAAAUUCAAUAUUUGUGACUAACAAUUAAAGGUAAAGCUUAAGUUAACACAGAAACUCAGGGUGCAUUCUUAAGGUUUGAUUUACAGUGGUUUUCAUGGCGACAAAAGCACAUGUUCAUCAACUGUUAGAAGCUCACUCAUGAGUGCAUUACAAAACCUGAAAUAACCUUCUAUGAGGAGGACAUUAGCAAAAAUAAAUAAAUGCUUAUUCACGUUUUGCCAAGCUUCAUAUAGGAAAGUUGAAGCCACUAUUGUCUAAAGGGAACAUAUGAAUCUUGUUCCAGGACUUGGUUAGCUUAGCUUAGCUUAGCAUAAACACUAUGACUCGGGGAAAACAGCUUUCUUGAAUCUCUCGAAAAGAUAAUAUCACAAUUGUCAAUUAUGAAAACACUUUUGAUUAUGUGUGUAGACAUUUUUUUGUUUUUUUUCUUGAGCCUUGAAAGCUCACAGGGUAUACAUCAGGAAGCCGCUGCACCAGGCAAAUUUACCUUGGCGAAUAAACUCCAGUAAAGCCACAAAUGUUAUACAAUACUGUUAUUACACAGAGGAAACACAAUAGAGUGUGUUCUUUAGUGAGCUGGUUGGCAGUUUAUUUUCUUUCUCAUAUUUAAUCACAGCCAAAGAUUUGUUUUACCCUGUUUCCAGUAUAUCCAUCAUACAGACAUUCAAUUGUUAUCGGCAAGAAAGGGUUCUUCCUAAAAUGUCAAACUCUUCCUCCAGAGUGGUUUGCCAGAUUAUUAGUCGCUCUGCAUUUGUUUUACAUUAUUCAUAUGAAACAUUCAUUCAUUAUAUUUAACAUACAGUGCAGAGGAGUAAUUAGAAGUUUGAAAUGUGCAAUGACAGCUUAUAUAUAACCGGCUUUCCCUCAAGGGAUCUUUAACACAUGGUGAUGAAUGAGCAUUAGGUUCGUCCCUGACCUUGGGAAGAGUAACCUGGCAAAAUAAAUCUUAACUCUUAAUUCCACAUCUUAAUUUUAGCUUGAGCUUUUAAUCGCUUCUCCUAUAGUCACAACUGAACUCCUAAAUGGACUUUGAAUCAAGAUGACUCUAAGUAAUGAAUGUUUUAAGCUGUUUAUGCCAAUAUUGUGUAAAGGUAAUCUUCAAUUCUUCCCCCAUAUUUUGCAACCAUUUAAAAAAAAAAGUGUAGCUAAGAAAUAAAUACACUUCACAGUUUGUUAUUCAUUUCAUUGUGCUUUUGUAGUUCAGUAAAUAUUGUAACCUGAUCAACUUAGGAACCUCAACCUAAGCAUACCUGUUGUUUUUAAUAUACAGAGGUUUUCUGUAUUGUUACUGUGAAUCUGCACUAAAGGAAACCAUGCCCUCGCCUUGCCUUCUGGUCUUUGUAGUUGCCUACCAUUCUCUGCCAAACUUCCUCUUUGGGUUGGAAUUGAGAUUGUCACACUUUAUUACUGGUUUGAAAGAUUGAAAUAAAGAUUGUCCUCUUUU